UAUCGAUAGUCGCAUUUUAUCUAAUUGGAAACCCGGAAAAGAAUGACGUGGAUCGUUGCCGUAAAAGAUUAAUAUUGUUGGUUAGAAGUGUUGCAAGACGAAUGUACCUGAAUAAUGAAAUUUAUAAUUAGCGUACGUGUGUAAGUUUGUGUUUUGUACGUUGUAUUUAGCGGUUUUUGUUCGUGGUUUUAUAAUUAAGCAUUUAAGCAAAAAGAUGACAACAUACGAAGAAUUCAUCCAGCAGAAUGAAGACCGUGAUGGAGUACGUUUUACGUGGAAUGUUUGGCCAUCAAGUCGAAUAGAUGCGACGCGUUUAGUUGUACCACUUGGUUGUCUGUAUCAACCAUUGAAGGAAAGACCGGAUUUGCCUCCCAUUCAGUAUGACCCGGUCCCCUGCACUCGGAAUACGUGUAGGGCAAUUCUCAAUCCUUUGUGCCAGGUAGACUAUCGUGCCAAGCUCUGGGUCUGCAACUUUUGCUUACAAAGGAAUCCUUUUCCUCCACAAUAUGUUGCAAUAUCAGAACAACAUCAACCAGCUGAGCUGAUGCCAAUGCUUUCUACUAUUGAAUAUAUCAUCACUCGUGCACAGUGUUUACCACCCGUUUUCCUCUUAGUUGUCGACACAUGUAUUGAUGAUGAGGAAUUAGGUGCAUUGAAAGAUUCUCUUCAAAUGUCCCUCAGUCUGCUUCCUCCUAAUGCUCUGAUUGGACUUAUCACAUUUGGAAAAAUGGUACAGGUGCAUGAGUUGGGUUGCGAAGGAUGUUCAAAAAGCUAUGUUUUUAGGGGGACUAAAAAUUUAACAGCAAAACAGAUUCAAGAUAUGCUAGGAAUUGGGAAAUUCAGUGCACCCCAGCAACAGCAGCCUCGAGGUCCUGGAGGACAACCAUUACCACCAGCUAACAGAUUUCUGCAGCCAGUUAACAUAUGUGACAUGAACCUCACUGAUUUACUUGGGGAGCUGCAGCGUGACCCUUGGCCUGUAGCCCAGGGUAAACGUUCACUCCGGUCUACAGGUGUUGCUUUAUCCAUUGCUGUAGGUUUGCUGGAGUGCACUUACCCAAAUACAGGAGCAAGGAUCAUGUUGUUCGUGGGAGGGCCUGCCUCUCAAGGACCUGGCCAGGUGGUGAAUGAUGAUCUCCGCGAGCCAAUCAGGUCACAUCAUGACAUCCAUAAAGAUAAUGCAAAAUACAUGAAGAAAGCCAUCAAGCAUUAUGACGCUCUGGCUAUACGUGCAGCAGUGAAUGGUCAUGCAAUAGACAUAUAUUCUUGUGCUCUGGACCAGACUGGUCUCUUGGAAAUGAAACAGUGUUGUAAUUCGACAGGUGGCCACAUGGUGAUGGGUGAUUCCUUCAACUCAUCUCUAUUUAAGCAAACAUUUCAGAGAGUAUUUGCUAGAGACCAGAAAGGUGAUUUGAAAAUGGCUUUUAAUGGGACCUUGGAAGUGAAGACAUCAAGAGAGUUGAAAGUGUCAGGAGCUAUUGGUUCAUGUGUUUCUCUUAAUGUGAAAGGCCCAUGUGUAGCAGACACAGAAAUAGGCAUGGGAAGUACAUGCCAGUGGAAGUUUUGUACAUUCAAUCCAAAUACAACAUGUGCACUCUUCUUUGAAGUUGUGAACCAGCAUUCUGCACCAAUUCCUCAAGGAGGCAGGGGUUGUAUCCAGAUGAUCACACAGUAUCAGCAUUCCAGUGGACAGAGGCGCAUACGAGUCACAACUGUAGCUAGAAAUUGGGCAGAUGCUUCAGUGAACUUACAUCAAAUCGGUGCUGGAUUUGACCAGGAAGCUGCGGCAGUUCUUAUGGCCAGGAUGGUUGUGUACAGAGCAGAGAUAGACGAUGGACCAGAUGUAUUACGAUGGGUAGAUCGCAUGCUUAUCAGGCUUUGUCAGAAGUUUGGUGAAUAUGCAAAGGAUGAUUCAAACAGCUUCCAUCUGCCAGACAACUUCACUCUUUAUCCACAAUUUAUGUAUCACUUGCGGCGUUCACAGUUUCUCCAGGUUUUCAACAAUAGCCCAGAUGAAACAUCCUUCUACAGGCACAUGUUAAUGAGAGAGGAUCUGACACAGUCUCUCAUUAUGAUCCAACCAAUACUGUACAGUUACAACUUCAAUGGGCCACCUGAGCCUGUCCUUUUGGACACAAGCAGUAUACAGGCUGAUCGUAUUCUUCUUUUGGAUACAUUCUUUCAGAUACUCAUCUUCCAUGGAGAGACCAUUGCUCAGUGGCGAGCGUUACACUAUCAAGACCUCCCAGCUCAUGAGAAUUUCCGGCAGCUGCUGCAGGCACCAGUAGAUGAUGCUCAGGAUAUUCUGCAGACAAGAUUCCCAAUGCCUCGCUAUAUUGAUACAGAGCAAGGAGGCUCACAGGCCCGCUUCCUACUGUCAAAAGUCAAUCCUUCACAGACUCAUAACAACAUGUAUGCAUAUGGAGGGGCGAUGCCGGUUCCCAGUGCGGAAAGUGGAGCUCCUGUGUUAACAGAUGAUGUCAGCUUGCAGGUUUUUAUGGAACAUCUGAGGAAGCUAGCUGUCUCUUCAACUGCAUAGAUUUUAUGAACUUCAAUGUAAAUGGUGUAGUUCCCUGUGGUUAUCAGCCCAUAUGCCCUUGAUAUUUACUCUUAAUUUUGUGCAUUUAUUUUGUGUGUAACAGAUCUUCAACCAUCACACAGUUCACUGUUUCAUUUGGAAUGUAAUGUUAACUGCACUUUCAAUUUCUUUUUUAAAUGGAGCUGUAAUAAAUUCCCCCUUUAAUUAAUUAUUCUGUCAUCAUCUUUAAAUGUAUAAAGAAUCUGUUAUUGGAAUACAGUUACCAUAGUAAAGUUUAAUGUGGGUAGAAAAAUAAAAGCAUACAUGUAUAACAUAUGCUUAGCAUAUUGUGUGAUGGUGUUAAGCAGUACCUGCAGCUUCAUUGCAUUCAAUCACUAAUGGGAUGAAAACAUUUACUUCCUGAAUUGUGCAUGCUUGCUUAUACUUUUGCAAACUUUAAUUUUCAGUAAUUGGUGUAAUUAGUACUGUUAUACAAAUAUAUUAUAUAAAUAAAUGAAAUAUCUCCAUA